AUGGCUUCUACUUCUGGAACUAAGAAGCCUAAAGGGCCUAAGCUCCCUGAGAAGACAUAUCUUCCAGACUCUGACUCCGAUGAAGAUGCAUUUGACUUUAGUUUCUUGGAUUUUUCUGAAGAAACUUUCAAAGCCCCCUCAAGACUAUGUGAUGAUCAGUUGCUUAACUUAUUGUGUGAUAAAAACGUAUUAAGGAGGAGUAUUGAUGGAAUGGUAGAUGAUGGAGACAUGUCUGGUGUCCAACAAAAAGAGCAUGCCCACUUAGAUGAGGACAAUGAAGAUGUUGGUGUGGAGUAUAUGGUGCAUGAUCCCAAUGUUGACUGGAAAGAGAUGAGGCCCCGAUUAGGAGACUGUUAUGAAUCCCCUGCUCAACUCAGGGACAACAAUGAUAAUAACAAAAUGCAGUGUCCAUUUAGGGUUGCAGCUGGAUGGAAGUACAAUGAAAGAACAUUCCAGAUAAAAUUUUGUAAUGAAAUGCAUCUGUGUGCUAGGAAUUAUCAGUUUGGUUCCUUAGUUACUAGCAGUUGGUUAGCCAAACACUACCUGAAAGAUGUAAUCAUGAAGCCCAAGAUGACAUUGCUAGAGAUGCAAGCAGAUGUGCUACAAAGGUUUUCAGUGAGUGUAUCUCUUGGGCAAUGCCAAAGAGCAAGGGCUACUGCAACGGGGAUGAUAAAAGGGAAGUUAGAAGAUCACUAUGCCAAGGUUUGUGACUAUGCAACUGCAAUUAGGUUGAGUAAUCUGGGUACAACUUGCUUGGUGGGGGUAGAAAGUAAUAUGGAGUUUAACUAUUUCAAAAGGUUUUAUGUUGGCUUCAAGGCUUUUAGAGAUGGAUGGAGCAGAGGAUGUAGAAGGGUAAUAGGACUAGAUGGUAGUUUCUGGAAGGGGCAGGUUAAGGGGGAGAUUUUAACUGCUAUUGGGAGGGAUGCAAACAACCAUGUCUACCUAAUAGCAUGGGCAAUUGUGAAUGUUGAGAAUAGGGACAAUUGGACCUGGUUCAUUGAUAAUUUGGUUGCUGAUUUGGAUCUUAGUGCUGGCACAAAUGAUGAGGUACCUAAGCCACGUGUCCCAAAAAGGAAGAUUGGAAGACCUAGGAAAGAUGGGGGAGGCCAACCUAUCUUUGAUCAAUUCCCUCCAGUUGAGCCUGCUAUACCAAGAAGUGAUGCUGCUCCUCCUAUAGUUUCAGAAUAUGGUGAUCAAGUUAGUGGGACUGAUGUACCAAGAAGUGAUGUUACUCCUCCCCCAGUUUCAAAAUCUGGUAAUCAAGUAAGUGGUCCUAAUAUUAGUCAUUUGAAAAGGACUAAGAUGAUGGCAAGGAGAGGAGGGAAAACUAAAGUGUCUGGAUCAAGGAACAAAACACCAAAGAAAACACCUAAUGGUAAGAAACAUAAGAGUAAUGCAAAGGAGGAUGUGUCCCUAACCUGUGAUGAGGAUUUUGUUGAUCUUUUUACCCAUGCACCUAAUGGUAAGCAAGGUAUGAGUCAAGAAAUAGAGGAUGUUCAGGAACAAGAACAUGAUGACAAUGAGGUGAAGGUGAGUGAAAGACUUACUUUACAGGAGUUGUUGAUGUCUGGAUAUACACAUGUUGAAGCAGUGGCUACUAUGAAAGAGGUUUAUGGAGAGGUUGAGGAACAACAGAUUGAAGAAAAAGAGGCUGAGGAAGGAGUUGAAGAUAGAGAGGUUGAAGAAGAAGAAGUUGAAGGCAUACAGGUUGAGCAAGAAGAAGUUGAAGGCAUAGUGGUUGAGGAAUAA